UUUCUCACGCCCCGGCCCCCACUUGGCCACUUCCUUGUCGCGCGCGCCCUCCGCCUUGGCUCGCGCCCACCGGAAUCCCGCGGAACCCAUCCCCGUUUCCUCGCCAAAACUGCUCUGCUCCCCCCGGCCGACCCAUGCCCAUGGAGUUCGCCUGCCGGGGCCGCCCCGCCGCGGACCAGGACGGCGACGGCAGCCGCCGCUGCCCCUACCCCGUCCCUCCGCUGCCGCACGAUGCAGGAGACACCAUGCUGGUGAUCAGAGACGCGUUGCUGUUGCAGCUCCAGAAGGAUCGGCUCCGCCAGGACAUCAUCAUGGCCGAGCUGGCCAAUUUAGAGAGUGCCAUGGCUCUGCGCUCCGCUGCUCGUACUGCCUCUGUGGAACAGCCUAAGCCAUUGUUCUUCACCUUCAAUGAGGAGUUCAUGCCGCACUUCAGAUGGCCAGAACAUUGUUCCAAUGUGGAUGGGGUCGAUGACCCGAAGAAAAAUGAUGUAAAGCAUGGGGGUGUGCAGUCGAAGCCUGCCAGUGAAGAUCGAUUCUGUGUAUGCUCGAGGCCCUGUUGUUCCGAUGACAAGUCAGAGGAGGAGGAUGAAGCAUUCGAUGAGAAGAAACUCCAGGAAUCCAAUGAGCCCAAGAAGACGUCAUCUGCACUGAAAUGGGAACUAACAGGAAUAACUAUACCUGUUAAAAAAACAAAGCUACCCCAGAGCUGGAGUUGUGCAAUCUGCCAGGUGGGAACACCGAACACGGAGCACAACAUAAAAGAGCAUUGUGCAGGGAAGAAGCACCGAUCAAAUGUAGCAUCCUUGGAAUCAAGAGACGAGGCCAUUAGUCAGAAGGCACAAACAAAAGCAGAAUCUUCUUCCUGUGCAAGGCAGAAAACAUCCUCAAUAAGAUGGAGCUGCAGCAUAUGCCAGGCUAAUGGAACCAGUGAAGCAGAUCUGAAGGAGCAUCUCAGCGGAAGAAUACAUCAACAAAACAUUGAAGCACAAUGUCAGGAAGGUGACGGUAUGGCAAAGAACACUGAGCCACAGGAAGCGAAGGCAACGAACACUGAACCACUGGAAGCGAAGUGUCACAGGAGCAAUGUGCAGCAACCUUUAGAGAAGCCACCUAGUAGCAUUUGUCAAGAUAACUGUACCACUAAUUCAGAAUUGGGGAGCCUAGUUUUAGCAAAGAUUCAGGCCCUAUUGGAUGCAAUGAAUAACAUGGCAACGAAUUCCGAGUCGCAUGAAGCUAAGUUGCCUCCAAACAACGUGACACAAGAUGCAGAUCUGACUUCAGAAUCGAAUCGCAGCACUUGUCAAACUGGUUCUGAUCACCAGUCAUGUUGCUCUGAACCUCAGUCUGCAAGUUCCCGUAGAAUCAGGAAACGCCCAAAGAAAAGAGGAGCUGUAAAGGUAGAAGGCCAGGAUGCAGAACCGGGUAACAUGAAUCCAGCGGAUAAAAUAUCUUCAGAUGGUUCUUGCAGCAAGAGUACAAGUUCAGAAGAGAAACAGGCAACAUAUUUUUGCGAGGUCUGCAACUUGGAUCUCUACAGCGAGAGCCAGCUUGCAAACCAUUGCAAUGGGGAGGAACACUUGGAGAAACAGAAAUUACUGAACUUUUGUGAGGUCUGCAAUUUGCAGUGUAACAGCAGAAAAAUGUUCGCUCACCACUGUACUGGGAAGAAGCACCGGAAAAAUCUCAAUGCAAAUAAAUAAAAUGGAACUAUCUUCUGCCUGUUAAUAGGGAUUUAUUUUUCUUCUAGGUGUUAAAUGUGAGUUUGUAGAGCAAGAUGCCGGCACCACGUGUGGUUUUAUGAAAUUGAUUCAGAUCACACUGUGGUGUCUAACAAUUUAAUCAAUCAUUUUUUGUGCUGAAUGCAACUGUCCUUAACUCCUUA